GUCUGUGUCACAUAGAUACAAACUAAUCUGCAGAUAUCAGAGGAGUGCGAUUUCCAAUUCUUCUUCAAUUUCUACAUUUCCAUGGUAGAAAAAAAGUAGCCAAUUUCUACAUCAUCCCAAUCUACAUUCACGAGAUUUCUUCUGUGCGGUCAAUUACUCGUAAAUUACAGCAUUUGUUUCGAUAAUUGAGUUUUGGUUGCAAUGCGGGAAGGAUUUGUGCCGUAAAGGCUUCCGAGUUGCUGUGGUAGUAACCAGUUGCUUCUGAGUGGAUUAUGGGCGGGGAAGACGAUGGAUGGAGCGGUUGGUCACCGGCGCCGGCGGGCGAUGCGCCGCCGUACCUGCAAAAAGACGAUCACUGGACGCAUUUUGAUAAUUCCGUGAAUGCAGUUUCGUUUGGAUUUGUGGCCACCGCCAUUCUCAUUUCAAUGUUCCUUGUCAUGGCUUUAUUCGAGAAGUUUCUCAGAACAAGCUCGCCGCCCGGUGGAACAGACCGCCGCUCCGGCGUGGACGCUCAGAAUCACGGCGAUAGAUUCAGCGCAAAGCUUGGAUUUCGAUCCCCAAAAAUGGCCAUGAAUGCAAAAGAGGUUUCGGUUAUGAUGCCCGGCGACAAGAUCCCAACCUUCAUCGCGCAUCCGGCUCCGGUGCCCCAUCCCCCGGAGCGCAUGCCGUGGCCAUCUCAUCAUCACCUUCCGAGCUCCAGCUCCAGCUCCACCGGGUAAUAUUGUUCGAUCCUUUACCUCGACACAAGAAUAAACCUCACUAAGCAUUGUUUUCGGAAUUUUCUGUGCCAAAUCUGGUUUUGGUGAAUAAUUGUCGUCAUUUACAUUAUACUUUACACUGCCUGAUUCAUACACGAUGUUUUUUUUUAUAUUUGGUGAAAUUUUUUAGGUUGUAAUGCUUUGUAUUCUAGGGAGUAGGGCCUUUCUGUACAGAGUUAUAUGAUACAUUUGUUUCUGCCAUGUUGUAGUUCUGUUUGGGCAAAUACGACGUCGUGUCUUUUGGGCAA